CAUUUUUUCAAUUGGAGGCCACUGAAAGGACAAAAUAAUUUCUUUCUGUUCACUGGCAGUUAAACCAGUUUUCUCCUCCCAUCGUUGAAUAGCUUCCUUACAGGUUGUGGCUUUAGCCUACGUAAAAUAUUCGUUAUGAAAAAAUCGCGAAAAUAAAUAUUGCCAUACGUUCGAAAAAUAAUACAUACCAUAAUUAUGGUUACUCAAGUAAUAGAGCGCAAUGUCUGACGCUUAGAGUAUUUGUUAAGACAAAUUUUCAUAGAUCUUGCAUAACAAAAUUAUAAACAAUAUAUGAUCGCGGUAACCGGCAGUCAACUUUAUUUCUCAUUUAAAAACGGAAAUUUCAUUAAUCUCACGUUCACGGUUAUUUAUUCCAAGUGACAUUAAUUUGGAGUUAAAAUUAACUCAACUAUGAAUUAAAUCUAUCCGUAAAAUGUGUUCAACUAUUAUGGUCGUAAAUUUGCCAAUAUUAAUGACGCUGCAAACGAAUCAUCAGAUGCAGAUUAAUUCAUUUUCUUCGCCUUGAAUUUACUGGAUAAUGGAUCUCAACGACAAGAUUGAUAUUGAUCAACCAUUAUGGGAUCAAUCUACCUACAUUGGUAGGUGGAAACACGCUGCUUUCAUUAGCGAUAGCCGUACAGUAUUCGUGCCCGAAAAAGAAUUAUGGAAGGCGAAACAAUUCUGUGAUGAUUAUAGAGAUGGAAAAGUACCCCCGGAUACUACAAUGAAGGACGUUAUUCAUGCAAAACAGCUUAGAGAUAGUGCGUUCCAUCCGGAUAACGGUGAAUUAAUGCACGUUAUUGGCAGAAUGUCCUUUCAAUUACCUUCUUCAAUUAUAAUUACAACGGCGAUGCUAACAUAUUACAAAAGUACCGUUGCUACCGUAUUGUGUCAGAUAGUAAACCAGACACAAAAUGCUAUCGUAAAUUACUCGAACAGAAAUGCGAUGGAAGGAGUUGAUAAACACGAUUCAAGCUCAAUUAAAACUGCUUUCUUAUGUGCAAUAAUAGCAAGUUCUGCAGUGGCUAUUGGUUGUAGAAGAAUACUGCAUCGGAGAGAACCUAUCAUUUGUUGUAGAAGAACGCUGCAUCGGAGAGAAUCUGUCAUUUCAAGAUGCGUACCAUUUUUCGCAGUUACUGCAGGUCAUAUCGUAAAUGUGCCACUAAUGCGUCAGAAAGAAAUAAAGUCGGGCAUUCCGGUAUUUAUCGAAGGUGCAGAAAAGCCUUUCAUGCAGUCUAGGGUAGCAGCAGUGAUUGGCAUUUCCGAAUGUAUUAUCACCAGAAUAGGCAUGUCCCUCCCAUGUUUGCUCUUUAUUCCAGUCAUAACGCAAACAAUUAAGCAGUAUUGUUUCUAUCAACGUAGGCCGUGGAUUCGAUACCCUAUCGAAAUUGUCUUGUGCGCAGUUGGCUGCUUGAUUUCAAUUCCUUCAUCCCUUGCAUUGUUUCCUCGAUAUAACUCCAUGAGGACAAAAUGGUUGAAGUUAUGCCCAAAGGACUACGAAGAAUUUAAAAGAACUAACAAAGAAGAUGUAGACAGAAUCUAUUACUAUAAAGGACUAUGA